AUAGAAACUUUAAGUCGAAUCAUAUUUACUUUAUAAUUUAUUAGAAUUAUUCUGUUUCCGUAACAAAAUACAUUACACAGAAGAGUCAUGGAUAUAAUGGUAAAGUUAAACGAACAGACAGUAGGCAGAGACAAAAUUAUCAGAUUGCUGCAAUAUGGAAGUAGAGCAUAUUGGUAUUAUGCUCAGAAUACUCGUACUACACAACAUUCUGCAGAAAUUUUACGAAGUUUGGAAUAUACUUUUAGCUCAUUUAGAAAAUUACUUCGUCUUGGAAGGUGUUUGGACAGUUUAUACUCUGCCUUAAAACUAAUGAAAUAUCCAGAUGUAGGCAUAAGAGUUACUCUGACAUUAUCGAAAAUUGCUAACGCUCUAUUUCUGCUAGCAGACCAUAUAAUUUGGAUCGGUCGUGUGGGAUUGUUACGAAUUAACAUAGAAAAGUGGAGCAGAGUAGCUAAUAAAUGUUGGUUAAUGAAUAUUAUUAUGAAUCUUACGAGAGAUAUUUAUGAAAUUAUUAGAAUUUUGGAACAUGAAGGAAAAUAUAUGUCAUUGAAAACACCAAAAUUCUCAUCUAAUACAUGGAAGCAAUGUGAAAUGCUAUUUCAUUUAAGAAAUCACAAAGAAAUAGUAAUUGAUACGAUUAAAAAUGGAUGUGAUUUAUUUAUUCCAAUGACAGCAUUAGGUUUCACCAAAUUUUCUCCUGGAACCAUAGGUAUAUUUGGUGUUAUUUCUUCAAUUGUAGGUCUUUAUACGUUAAUUCAUCCACUGUAUAAGUUAACACCAUCUUAAAACCUCUGUGUAUACGAUAUUUUUUAUGUAUGUGGUGUGUGUAUAUAUAUACACAUACACAUACAUUAUCAAUCUUUUUAAUCAAAAGUAAAACAUUAUAUGACUAAUAUAUGUAUAUAUUAUUAGUUAGUAUUUUUAUAUGAGCUUUAUGGUGUCUCAUGCAUUUUUAACAUAUAUAUUAUGUAUAUUUUAAUGUAUAAUACAACAAUAGUACUGUGAUAUUCAA